AUGAACAGCAGGCUCCCGCCAGAGCCAGUUCUGCGUCCGCCUCUAGCGGCGGACAGAAGACGCGCGGAGGCGGAGGCGUCGGGCCGUGGCCCCAAACCCGCCUACAACCAGGUGCUGAAGGCAGCCCCGGCCCCAAAGCCGGCGCCGAAGACAGCACCUAGGUCGGCGCCGAAACCGGUGCCGAAGCCGGCGCCGAGACUGGCGCCGAAGCCGACCCCAACGCCGGAUCCUAAACCGGCGAAGGGGAAGGCUAAGACGGUCGCGCAACCGGCGCCGCUCUGGUCCGGCGCCGGAAGAGGCGCCGGUUGCGAGCACAUCCGAGGCCGUGGACGAAGGGUGGACCACGGUCUCCAAGAAAAAGAAAGGCCGAAGCCGAAGGCGCCGGAGCGCCCCAAGGCUCAGCCCGAGAGGAGGAAGGAAGCCCCUCCUCAAAAGAAGAAGGGGGGGCCGAAGGCUGUCUCUGGCAAGCAACGGCGCAAGCGUGCGCAGCGCCAGAGACGCCUCGCCCGCACCGCCGCGUGGUGUUAA